AUGUCUAAAGAAAUUGAUCCAUGCGGGUGCGACGACAGUGCACCCACUCGAGAGCUGGUUCUCUGCUUCGAUGGCACCGGGAAUACCUUCCGUGCAGAUGGAAGCGAGACCAACAUCCUCAAGAUUUUCCGCAUGCUGGAUCGAACCAAAGAUAACAGAUAUUGUUACUAUCAGCCCGGAAUAGGAAUGGAUACUACUAUUACCACCCGGUCGAUGGUAAGCCUAGCAUUACAGCCUUUCAGAAAUCUUCCCACUGCAGGGAUUCUCGAUCAAGCCCUGGCCAGCUCAUUUGACGAACACGUUAUCUCGGGUUAUCGCUUCCUCGCCCGCCGAUGGGUCCCGGGAUCCCGCAUCUAUCUUUUCGGCUUCUCACGAGGAGCAUACACAGCUCGUUUUCUGAACGAGAUGCUGGACUAUGCCGGGCUCAUCUCCGCCGAUAACGAAGAAACCAUCCCAUUUGUGUGGAAGGCGUUCCUCAAAUACAAGUUUGCGGACCCCGGUCAGGAAAGGGAUGACGCUGAAGCGUCUCUGCGACUCAGUCGAGAAACCAUGUGUCGGUCUCCAGGUCUGGUCCAUUUUCUGGGGCUUUUCGAUACUGUCAACAGUGUUGCUGAGUUCGCCUUGGAUGUCAGUAAGGAUAACGAACUUCAGCCGAGCCCGAAGACCAUGCGACAUGCGGUUAGCAUCGAUGAAAAAAGAAUCAAAUUCCAGCCCGUGCUGUUCGAACCACCACCCAUCGACGGCAUGAAGGCAAAGACCCAUCGAGUCAGCACGUGGGCGGCAAAUGGCGAAGCUACUAUCUCAAAGCUCCCUCACCCCGACGUAAAGGAAGACUUUGAGGAGGUGUACUUUGCUGGAGAUCACAGUGACGUCGGGGGUGGGUGGCCAUCCCAGAAAACAAAGGCUAGCCAGAUACCUCUUAUGUGGAUGGUUCAGGAGGCCAUCAGGGCCGGUCUCACAUUUGACCCGAUCCAGCUCUCAAAGCAUGACUGCUUCGAUCCAAUGAUGGGGGACUACAAUCGCGACAUCCUUAAAGCUGCCGAACAGGCCGAGAUCCAUGAUUCACUUGACUACGACUUUGGCAAGGGGCUUGAGGUUCUCUUUUGGCGCUUGAUGGAGUAUAUGCCCUUCAAGCGUACCAAAGUCGGACCCGACGGGGAGUUCCAUGAGACUCGAUGGCACGGCCGUGGCUUGCGAAGACCACUUCCGCCAGCAGCCAAGAUCCAUUCCAGUGUGUUUCAUCGAUUGCGUUAUGAUCGUGAUUACAAGCCUUUCAAUCUGGGAAUGGGGAACAAAGACCAGGAACAGAGUGAGCUUGGCCAGUGGCGACGAAUCGAACACGAUCCAAGCGAGAACGCUAAGCUCUCUGUAUACUUCGUGAAACUGCCCAAGAAUCGGAAGUGA